CAGGUCUUCGGAACAGAAGGCCUCGGGCCCAAUCGUGGCCAUGGAGCCCGUGGAGACUCCCAUCAAGGAUGGCGUUCUCUACCAGCAGCACAUCAAGUUUGGCAAGAAGUCCUGGCGGAAAGUGUGGGCUCUGCUGUAUGCAGGAGGCCCAUCAGGCGUGGCUCGGCUAGAGAGCUGGGACAUUCGGGAUGGUGGCUUGGGGCCAGCAGGGGACAGAUCUGCAGGGCCUGGCCGGAGGGGGGAGAGGAGGAUCAUCCGCUUGGCUGACUGUGUGUCUGUGCUGCCCGCUGAUGGUGAGAGUUGUCCCCGGGACACUGGUGCUUUCCUGCUCACUACCACUGAACGAAGCCACCUGCUGGCUGCACAACACCGCCAGUCCUGGAUGAACCCCAUCUGCCAGCUGGCCUUCCCGGGCACAGGGGAGUGCUCCUCAGGACCAGGAGAAGCUGAGUCGCCCAAGAGGGGCCUCGUCCCCAUGGAGGAAAAUUCCAUCUACUCUUCCUGGCAGGGAGCGAGUGAGUUUCCAGUGGUGGUGCAGAGGACUGAGGCUGCUGUCCGCUGCCAGCUAAAGGGACCCUACCUCCUGGUGCUGGGCCAAGACACCAUCCAGUUGAGGGGAACUGCCAGCCCCCAGGUCCUCUACAGCUGGCCCUACCACUUCCUGCGCAAGUUUGGCUCUGACAAGGGCGUGUUCUCCUUUGAGGCUGGCCGCCGCUGUGACUCAGGCGAGGGCCUCUUUGCCUUUAGCAGCCCACGUGCCCCUGACAUGUGUGGGUCUGUGGCUGCUGCCAUCGCCCGCCAACGGGAACUGCUGCCAGAACGGGCUGUUGCCAGGCCUUGCCCCCUGCCUCGCGCCACCUCCCUUCCCUCCUUGGACCCCCCUGGGGAGCUUCAGGAGGUGUCACCAGGGGCUGAUCUGCCCACCUGCAGAAGGGCACCUUUGGUCGAUCCCGGGCCCCAAAGCCUACCGUUACUACUGGGCCCUGCGCCUGAGGAGCCAGUGUCCGAUCUCUACGCCUCGGUGUGCAAGCGUGCCAGUGGACCCCCAGCCACCAUUGAGCACCUCUACGAGAACGUGUGCCUGCUGGAGGCCAGUCCUGGACUGCCCAAUGGGGGCCCUGAGCUCCAAGAGAGCCUUUCUGGUGGCCACAGCCCUGUAGCCAGCCCCAUCUAUCACAAUAGCGAGGACCUGAGCUGGUCCGGCCCCACCCACGAUAGCAACCUUGAGGCUCAGUACCGGCGACUGCUAGAGCUGGAGCUUGAUGAGGCAGGUGGCACCAGCCGCUCUGGCAGUCAGGUAGGCUUCAAGGCCAAGCUGGUGACACUGCUGGGUCGAGAGCGGAGGAAGGGUCCUACUCACUGUGACUGACCCUGAAGACCUGGGCAAUGACGGCAGGA